AUGGUGACUUGGGACGGAAUCAAGAAAUGGCUUGUCGGCCGUGCUGUCGCAGAAAAGAGCGAGAAGAAAAUCCUUGAGCGCCAGUACAAAGCAGUUGAAGAGUCGCUCCGCGCUGUGAAGGAGGUCACAAACGAAGCCAUCAUACCAGUUCCAGCCCGAGCGCCGCAGUCACCUCACUGCACCUCUCUUCCAAACCAACGAAAGUCCCUAGAUGAGGCCUUGAUAGUGCCUGUAGUGUCUCUUUGCCAACGAUCCAUGUCCACUCCCACCAUCGCCUCGGUUUUCCAAGAGUUUCCCCAAGAGUUUCCCGAAGAGUUUUCCGAAGAGACUCACGCUGCGUCUCCAGAUGUGCCUGCAUGCGAGUCUGGCAACCUCCCCAUGAGGAGAACCAACAGCUACAAGGGAGACUGGGAUUACUCAGACCAUCCUGUCAUAAAUCUACCGGAGAUGACUGGAUUCGGAAGAUAUCGACGGUCUGUGAAUGCUCCAAAAGAAUGGCAAAUGCAGUAUGCACAGCGCACUCUGCAUGAACUCAAGGACUCUGUCGUUGCCCACCUUGGAGACUGUCCUCCUGCAGGUAUGGACGCAGAUGUGUGGCGUGGCUUCAAGGCGGAGCACGCACGCAGCAACAGUGUUGUGAGCACGACUAGUUCCACCUCAAUUGAUGAAACCACUGGUACAAAGAUCAGCCGCGGAUUCUUUCCUUCAGCAGUUUCAAGUGCUGAAAGUUCGUUCGGAGACUCCUCAAGCCAGUGUCGACGAGACUCGAACUUGUCCAAGGCUAGCGUGACAAGUCCAAGUACUGAUGGGGAGAGCUCUGCUGUCUCACCUCCACCGAGAGUCAUUCGCUUUUCCCCACCAAGGGGGACUCGGCCCUCUGGUCGGAGACAAUACUCACGCCAUGCCAGCACUACUUCGAUCAGUCCCCUGGCGGUCAUCAGCGAAGUGCAGGAGAUUCCUGCUCUGCCUCACCGAAAGAUUGAAAAGGCACUGAAGUUCGACAAUAACGCCAACAAUGAGAGUGCGGUCGCCUCUGAUGAUGAUGACGACGACGAAUUCGAGUGGGCCGAUGUGCUCGAGCUUGGUGGUGGUAACAGCAAUCUCACUGGUGGUCUACAGCAGCAAACCUCUUCGAAGGCUCAGGCCAACGUGAAGCCCGCGGUGACUCGAAAGUGCAUAGUUCCUUCGGAGAAGGCCCCCAAGUGUCGUGCUGCUGGCACUCGCAGAGCAGCAGUCCAUCGCUCGAAGACCAUCAAAGCUUCGGAUCGCAAUGGCAAUGCCCGCGUCGGCUUUCCAAAGAGGGCAUUAGGCCCUGACAAACCGACCAUUUGCGAGAAACAUGACCAGGCGACCAUCAAAUUCGGCAAGAAAGAACUUGAACAUGCAGGACCAAAGUUUUUGCCUGAACCAAUUGCUCAGGGCCAGACGUCUGCUUCACAACAAAUCAUGGCUGGCAGAGAAUACGCAUACCGCAAGGACAACCAGAAUAAUUGCGCCGCGAACCCAACUUCCUGA